AGAGACAUGCGGUCACGAGACCCCCGGGGCUGUAUUAAGUUGUGCCGUUUGGUUGGAAGAGAGGAUGACUGAGUUUGUAUUUGGCUGGAUGUAGAAGAGGAAGAACAACACUUGCCCUUAAAUCCCAUCGCUUCUUCAGGGGACGCAUAGCGUAAGAGCUGGCUGUCAAACCUGCAGCAACAUAAAUAGCCCGCUGAAUGUUUGGACCCGGCCCACUGAUUUACUGGAGCACAGACGAGUUUGAUUAAAGAAACUAUCAGCUAAAAUGUCAGAGGAAGCAGUGGAGGACGUCGUCGAGGAAGAAGUUGUGGAGGAAGAAGUAAUUGAAGAAGUUCUAGUGGAGGAGGUGGGGGAGGAAGAAGAAGCUCCACCUGGAGUAGAAGAGCCCCUUGUCUCCACUACUGAAGAGCCUGCAGAAGAAGAGGCUCCGGCUGCGGAUGAAGAGCAUCCAGCUGCAGAUGAAGAUGAAUCCAGGCCCAAACCAAAGGCGUUCGCUCCUCCCAUCGCCGUUCCUAAGAUACCAGAGGGGGAAAAAGUUGACUUUGACGACAUCCACAGGAAGCGUCAGGAGAAAGAUCUGUCUGAGCUGCAGUCUCUGAUCGAGGCCCACUUUAUUCAGAGAAAGAAGGACGAGGAGGAGCUCAUCGCUCUUGUUAACAGGAUUGAGAAGCGUCGUGCUGAGAGGGCUGAACAGCAGAGGAUCCGCACCGAGCAGGAGAAAGAGAGGCAGAAUCGUUUGGUUGAAGAAAAAGAGAGGAAGGAACAAGAGGAGGCUCGUAAGAAGCAAGACGAGGACGCCAAGAAGAAAAAGGCCUUGACUAACAUGACUCAACAAUAUGGUGGCCAGCAAAGGCCAGAUGGAAGGAAGGGAGCAAAGAAGCAAACGGAGAGGGAAAAGAAGAGAAAGAUCCUGGCAGAGCGGAGGAAGCCGCUCACCAUUGACCAUCUGAACGAGGACAAGCUGAAGGAGAAGGCCGGUGAGCUGUGGCAGUGGCUGAUGAUGCUGGAAGCCGAGAAGUUCGACUACACCGAGACGCUCAAGAGACAGAAAUAUGACAUCAACUUGCUCCUGAAUCGGGUUCAGGCCACCCAGAGCGCCAAAGGAAGAGGCAAGGCCAAAGGCAGGGUGAGAUAGACGGCCCCAACCAGACAAGACGCCUGAGCAGGAGUUUGCGUCGCAGCAAAACACAAGUUGACAGAAAUAAACCUACAUUUCUGGGUUUUAGAGCA